GUUAGUUACCUCUGAAAAUGAGGACUGAAGACAAGUGUUUGUAUUGUUUUGAGAAGGUGCUUAGGAAAUAGUUCAAUGUACAGCUGUAUUAGCUUAUUAUUAUUAGCUGUAUUAUUUUUGACUUGGAGAAUCACUCCUUGAAAACUCAGUGGAUGUGCUGGCUGCAUCUCCAUAAACUGCUCAGCACCAGGAGAGCUAACUUAGCCAGGGCAAGAGUAUUUGCUUACUGCGUUGUUGAAAUCUGUCUCAGCAAGGUCAGAAAACAUGAGUAAGAGGCUAGCAGAUCUGCCUCCACCACUGAAGGCUACCACUGGGUGAACAGCAUUAGUGGGAGGAAUUUUUGAUGUGGGGAGUAGGGAUGAAAUGCCUGUAUUGGAAAGGAAGCAACACCUUGUAAAACUAUAAAAGUAGCUUAAAAUAAUACGGAAUAGUGUUUUUAUUGAGGAAGUGAGAUAUUUUACUGUCACACUAAUGGUGCUAUAACCCCCUUUCUGCCCUAAGGUUAGCUUAAGUGCUUGACAUACAAAUGCUAGGGAGCAAAUCAAGUUGGUUACUGAUUCACGCUUACUUAAACAGGCAAAGUGGGAGGUAAGGAUUGCUUAUCCUCUGUAAGUGAAGUUAAGGUUUCUCUUCCUUGCUCUCUGCACUGACAUUGUUCUUCUAACUGCAACAGUACAAUCCUUUGGAUAUGAGAAAAAUUCAUGAAAAUAUAAAUAGAUGCCUCUUCUCUACAGGAAAUCUUUCUGCCUCAGCAGCAGCUAAAAAAAGGAAAGCUAACUCAUCUGAAAAACUGAGAUAUUGCAGAUGUCUGCAAUGAUGCUAUGUUUUUAGGAUAGCAAUAGUCGCUGGAUUGCACCCUCCCCAUCCUUGCCCUUUGUGGUUGGUAGUGCUGUAUCCAUCUAUCCCUUUUCCAUCCUGCCCCUUCAGAGUAAUGGCUCCCAGGGCAUUUCUGUGCCCAGGCAGACAUUUUUGUCAAUACCUCCAUGUUUCUGCAACAAAUGUGUCAGCCUUCAUUUAGAGCUGUGGUUUCUCCGCUAUCACACAUGUAUGUAGCUGGAUAAUUAGGCAUGAAAAUACCUUCAAUUUGGUGUGCCUGUUGACAAGGUAACGCUCCCUGGGAGCAUGUAAAACCACCUUGCAGGUAGAUGCGGUUGUGGGCAGCUGGCUGAACCUGCUCCUCACAGCUUAUUUACACUUUGAGGCUGGCAGUGCAGUAGUACAGGGACCCAGUGUGCAAGGCCCACUCAUGGCGAUUCUUCAGGUACUGCUCUUACACACAUAAUUUGUGUUGUUUCACUAAAAAUGCUUCUAUCCCUAGGAAGAAGUCUUUCUUAGGAAAAGCAUUGGCUUCUUUAUCUCCCUACAAUUGAAUGUUCCAUUAUGGACUGAUGAUUGUACUCUGUUUAAAGCCAAUCAAUGUGCAAUAUCAUGGUAUCAUUUUCUUUUAUAUGACGUCUUUUGCAUGUUCUGUGACUAAGUCCCUGACUAUAUUACAGGCACACAAGAAAAUAAAGCCUUACUACAAUGGGCUGAUUAUUGUGAACAACUAUGUAAAAACAAAUAGCAGAAGGAGAAAAGGAUUAAGUGAAGACGUGCCAGUGUUUACUAGGAUGACUCUCGAAACAAGUUAGAGAACUUAGGAGGUGCAGAGCAUUACAGAAAACCUACUUCCAGCAGCAAGCACUGCAGGGGGACUUUGCAUUGGUGAUAGAAAAUUAUGUAGAGGAACAGAAAGCAAAGCAGUGCUUGUGUUCAGGGUUAAGGUCCCUGAAGCAGCUGGGAAGAAAACUGUAGUGAGAUCUGGAAACACUACUCAUUCUGAAAAUCUCAUUCUGACCAAUUUGUUAGGUUUCACAAAACAUUUGUUUAUGAGUUAUUCCAGGUAACAAGGGAUGCAUAUAAUACAUCAGCAUCUUUAAAUGAAUCCCCAGAAUAUAGAGAUACUUGGCAAAGGAAAGUACUGGCCUUAAAAAAUCAAUGUGAUCUGGUAAUCUCUUAAAACCUAGACACUGGCCUGAAUGCAGCAUUGCCACUGUCUGGGGAAAUAAUGGGAGAAAUUUGGGGAGGCUUAGAGGAAACUAUGUCUUACAGAGAGGAGACAGUUUACAGGGAAAGGUGUCAUUUUAAUUUAGAUCCUACCACACCAAACAGAAAGUGUUUUCUAUCCCAUUUUCAAAGUUCAAGUGACAAGCAACAAGCAGUCUUGGAAGAAACCACCUGUAUUCUCCAGCUGUACUGUUCACUUGCUCAAGAACCAUGAACUUGUGUCCUAGGCCAGAGGCAAAGAGCAUCAACCAUGGGAUGAUGCAACAUUCACCUUGGAAAACUCUGACUCCAGCCAGCAUCUAAGGACUAUUGCGUAGGACUGAGGAAGUGCUCCAGCACAAUCCUGUUGCCAACAGCAGCUGCUGAGUUCUUGAAUAAGAGAGAGGAGGGAGGUGACUCUACAUCUGUAUGUAUCAUUACUUAGCUAUUAUGAUAUAAUGCUGCUUUUAAAAGGAUGUUGGAAAGCCUGGAAGAUUCAGCGGGCAGGGACACGAAUGAUUCAUGGUAUGGAAAAACCUGACUUGCAGAGAGCAGUAGCAGAAGUUCAUUCCAUUAAGUUUACCAAAUACAAAGUUUUGGCUAUAACUACCAAUACAAGGACAGCUUAGCUAGUAUUUCAGCACUUUCUGAUUUAGUUGUCAUCAUACGAAACCACUGCAUUGCAAGCCCUAAUUCUUUGCUCAAGUGGUGCAGAUUCCUGACUAGACCUGAUGCUGUGGGAAAGGCUGAUCUUGAGUGUAUUUGUCAGAAAAUUUAUUGGCACCCUUGGUAAUAGAAGAGACAUAAUACUGACUUUGGAAACUUCCCAGACAUUUUCUAAAGGAAUCCAGCACUAAUAUUCCUCAAGGUCUAUCUGCUAACAAACGAGAAAUUCCCAUCUGCAAUUGCAUUCAGUUCUGAAGGUGCCAAAUUCAGUGAGCAGCCCUUCCAGAAGUGAGCUGUUGUCAUGCUGUGUGAUAUGAAGGCACAGUAGACUAAAGGCACCUUUACUGAUUUUGAAGAAGCAGUCUGAAAGGUGAGUUUUCUAGUUCUAGAGCUAUUUUCAUCUUAUAAAUAUCAGGAUAAGCUUGCUUCCCCAGAGCUGUAGGUAGCAGAAAAUAGCAUUGUAUGUUCUACCAUAUGAGUAGUAAUCUCUGUCCUGUGUGUACUCCCCUGACAUGCAAGUCAAAACAGAUCGAGUAGUUGGAGAUUUUCCUCAAUACAAAGAUAUUCUACCAGAACCCUCUGACAGCAAAUACUUUAGUCUGAAACUGUUAGGAAACAGAAAAUCUCAACAUUCAAUUAAGCAGUCUGUUUAAUAUAUAGGACAUAUGUUCAACAAAACAAUUCAUUGUGAUGUAAAAGAAAAUGUUCUAGGUACUUCUAGGUACAGGAUAAGGUCCCUUGCUUUAGCAGGUUAAACAUUACAGGAGAUGCUUUCUCAUUCCUGCAGCAGUGCGCUAUUUAGGGUAUGCAAGCUUUAUUCAGUGUAAACUUUGAGAAAGGGGUGGAGAUCCCACAACAAAAAAUGUCCACAAUUAAGGGGAAAUUACAGAGCAAUUAAUGCUACCUUCAAACAGCUGGAAAGCUUUGGCUGGCUUGAAAUAACCUUUCUCCCCCAACAGCAGCUCUCCCAAGGCUGUUCAGCACUCAGCACCCUGUCGCUGUUUACCCUCCCACCGCUCCCCCUUGGCAAACUGUCAGAAAGCCUACUUUGGUAUUUUUUAAAGCACGGGGGGUCUAGACUGCAACACAAACUGCGAUGGAGGUGCAGGUGAGGCUGUAAAUGUCAUGCUUCAGAGCACUGCAAAGCACUGCCAGCAAUGGCCACGCAUAUUCCUGCAGAAAACUGAGCUGGAAGUGGUGGCCCAAGGAGAGCAAGAGUUGCCACACUGCUGUUGAUUAAACAUAUGGGCAGUAUGCUGUCCAUAUGUUGGAUGCAUCAGCUGGCAGGGGGCCUAGGAAAAGCUGCAGUGGCCGCAGCUUCCUUUCUGUCCCGUCUGACAUGGGCACAGCAAGGAAGUAUCAGCAGGUGCCAAAUUAAAGAAAAGGAUAAACGAAGAGAUAAGCAACCAUGCAAGGGUGAAGCCAUUUCGGAAGUGAUGGUGGUAAUUCAAGAAGUCUUUAGUGACCGCUUCAGGCUUCACUUCACAGACCUUUAUUCUUCUAAGCAAAGUUUAUUCCUUCACAUGAUGGACUCUGUUAACCAUACACACACAAAGUUCUUGUAUAACUAACCUGAACCUUCAACUUUAAAAGCUCUGCUAAGGCUCUUACAAGCCCCCUUUCCCUUGAGGCAGAAGAUACACUAUACUCAGAAAUGGAGCCAAACAGCAACAAUGUAGAAGAUUUCUCCUUGAAUGUCUUUUCUGUCACUCCUUGUCAGUCAAACAGAUCCGAUGCCCUGGUGUCAGAUGGGGAUAAAGCUGGUGCCACUUUGCUCUUUUCAGGUGUGUUUUUGGGACUGGUGGGGAUCACUUUCACUGUGAUGGGAUGGAUAAAAUACGAUGGCAUUACUCACCUGGAGUGGACUCAGUUACUAGGGCCUAUUCUGCUGUCUGUUGGGGUAACUUUUAUUCUGAUUGCUGUUUGUAAAUUUAACAUGCUUACAUGUAAGACCUGCAAAGAAAGAGAGGAAAAUAUGUCAGAUCUCGACCAGACUGCAAGUGGACAGUCCUUUGUCUUCACUGGCAUUAACCAGCCUAUAACUUUUCACGGUGCCACAGUGGUACAGUACAUCCCUCCGCCGUACCCAGCCCAGGAGGGCAUUGCUGUGAGCCCUGGCUACCUUCACCCAGUGCUCAGCUGCUGUGGUGCUGUUUCCCCCAGUGCCUCAUCAAUUCCCAGUCCGGGCUCUGCUCACUUCUGCCCUGCCUACCCUCUGGAUAACCUGGCUUUUACUGGAGAUGAGAACUACGCUGCUUAUCCUCCGGAGAACACCAGGAAUCAGAGGUCAGAGAACCGUUCCGAUGAGCCAGAAGAACCACUGGAAGACUAUGCCUGUGAUGACUUGUCACCUCCACGUUAUGAGGAAAUAUAUCCAUUCUCUUCAUAAAAUGACCACGGACAACAGACAACAAUUCUAAGACACAUCAGCUUUUUAAUCCCCAUGAAUUUUUUCUGUAAACACCUGCAUGAUAAGCAAGUAUGAGCAAAAUCUUGUUACUGAUGCACAGUUCAGUAUCACUGAAGAUAUUUAACCAAUUCCUUUUUUUUCUCAGAAUUCAUUAGCCCUUUGCUGUGCAAUUUAAUAGCAGAGCUAUUAAUUAUUUAAUAGCAAAAUUAUUAAUAGCAAAGCUAUUAAGCUCAAGGAUCUAAAUCCAUAUUAGAGUUCCCCAACAAGAAGCCUGGUUUUCAGACUUGCUGGCCGGUGUGAACUUGAAAUGCGCAAGAUGUUUGUGGAAGGUCAUGACUGCUCCUGGACAUUCAUCAUCAUUAGAAAACACUUGAUUUAUUCUUCGUACAUUUUCCCUCUUGAUUGCUUGGGAAACUUCAAAAGUGCUCAAACAUUUGAUCCAUGAAAUUGCCUAUAAAGUCUUAAUUCUGUCUGA